AUGAAUUUCCACGUCAUCAGCUCUGACGUCAUUAGCACCUUUCCGCAGAAUCCAAACCCCCAGCAAUCUCACCACAACAACAACCACUACCACCAACAACAGCAACAACACCAUCAUCGCCAUCUUCACCAUCAAAACAACCUCACAGACUAUAACUCAGUGAAUCACUCAUCUUACGUCACAAUCGAUCGACUCCAAGCUGCUUACAACCCAAUGGAUCAGCUAGGCGUUACGUACAAUCCGCCAGCAGCAGCAGCAACAGCAACAGCAGCAGAUCAUUUUUCAAAUGAGUUGAACAACCUCUCCAACCUAACAACAACGACCGCGACCGACUACCCAUACAUUUGCACAUUUUACGAUUUCCUCAUCGAGGCGGUUCUAAUGGGGAUGCUCUGUUUGUUCGGUUUUCUCGGUAACAGCGCCAGUAUCGCUUGUCUAUCGAGAGACCGAUCAAAAACCGCCACACCGUUCCUACUCAUCUCUCUGGCCAUCGCCGACACUUUAUUCCUGGUCGUUGUCUUCUUCAUACGAGUCCUGGCCUCAAUAGAUACGUUCGGCUGGAGGUUUUUAAAAGAUAAUGCGGUCUACUUAUGUAAGUAUGGAUAUCCGUCGGCUCUGCUGGCUCAGACGACGGCAAUAUACUUGACGGUUUUAGUUACUUUGAAUCGGUUCGUGGCGGUAUGCUAUCCGUACCGGGCUAGGGACAUUUGUUCGAUAAAAAACGCUCGCUUCCACGUUCUGCUUGUUAUCCUUUUUUCCAUUCUAUUCAACAUUCCGAGAUUUUUUCAAUGGGAAAUCGUUUUAAAGCCGGUUAGCGAGCUCCAUAUUCAAGUGAAUACACCCGGUAACAAUAAUUUUAUUGACUCGAAUGCGAGCAUGAUCGCAAAUGGCUCCGACGGGACCGACGAUGCUGUUCACGACAAAUUCAAUAAAAAUGACGUCAUCAUCAGCAACCACAACGACAACAUAAAUGACGUCAUCGUCAAAAACAACAACAACAUCAACAUCAUCAGUGGUCACAUCAAAGGUAGCGACAACAAUAACAGCAAGCACAGGCAUUACUUCGACGACAAUAAAAGUAGUAAUAAUACGGCAGCCGUCAGCAGUGGCGGCCACAGUAACGACCCGAAGUAUAAUUUUAGUGCGCAUUUAUGGCUUACAACGCCCUCUGCACACACAGACCAAGGAGGAGUUUCUAUUAAAAUGAAAGACUCGCCGAAGCUUUUUUCCCAUUCAAUUGAUGAUUUUUACAACAGUGAAAGUUACCAAAACAACAAAAAUAAAAAUAGCGGUGACAAAAAUUACGAUUACAACUCUAACGACAACAACAACAACAACAAAAAUAACAUCAACUACGUCACCAGCAGUGACACAACAACUCUCGCUAACACUUCGAAGACGGACUCUCACAACAGCAGCAACAACAACAACAGAUCCACAGACGCUAACUACAGAGUGACGUGCCAGGAACCUGAAUUCACUAAGCAUUCGGCAUUUUCAGUGGCCUAUGGUACUGUAGCCUAUUUCAUCGUCAUGUUUCUUGUUCCUCUGAUAUCACUCUCCUUCCUAAACGUCAGGUUGAUUGGCGCGCUCAGAAAGGCCAAGGCUAGGAGGGAGAAAUUAUUGAAACGGAAGAAGAUUACAGAAGGUUUGGGAGGGUUGAAAAGUAAAGCGCUAAAUAAUGCGUUAACUGAAAAAUUGCUAACUAAUCCAUCUCGCAGCACAACUUCCUCCACUACUACUACCACCACUACUACUACCACCACCACUACUACUACUACUACUGCUGCUAUCGCCAACUUUGUUACUACCACAACUCAAUCUAGCAGCAAUUCACACAAAGUUUCAGUUACAAACACUACCCAUGCUCCGAACAUUACAACAUCUGGCACAGCUACUACUAAGUCGAUCGCUGCUACUGUUGCUAACGACGUGACGAACACUAAUAUUUCUACGAAUGCUAGUACGAAUGAUGUGUCUUGUGUUACAGACAGUGCUAGCAAAUACGUCGCCGAUUGCCAAAAAGUUGGCAAAAGUGAAUUUGAAAUGAGAGAUGCGACCAUAAACGGAGCGCCGGCCACAAGACAGCAGCAGCAGCAGCGACAAUCCUUACCAAAAGUUGAAGAAAAUAAAAAAAAUCAUCUGCAACUGCCAACUUCAUCUUCGCCAAUGAGCAACACAGUGGCAGCCAUCAACAAGAACACCAUAACUACAACAACACCAUCGACCUGUCUCAACAACUCCACAACCAGCGUUCCGAACCCGGCCUCUGGCAGUACAAAUCCUUCAGAGGAUGACAUAACCUUCAUGUUAAUAGUAGUAGUCAUGGUCUUCGUCAUCAGCCAGGCCCCUGCCCUGUUGACCCAACUCUUUUCCUCUCUCUCGACCAAUCACGACCUAAGAUGUCCGCACCCGUUCUUCUUCUACGAACGACUGAGCGAUUUGUUAGUCGUAGCUAACAGCAGUUUAAACUUCAUAAUUUACUGUUUGAGCAGUGCGCGCUUUCGUCAGCUAUUUAUGGAUCUGCUAUUUAGUCGCGACUGUAGUGACUGCUGUUGCCGUGGUUGUGGCGGUGGUCGUCGUAGCGUUAGUAGUCAGAAUAGAAGGGCUAGAAUGUCUGUGGCUAUGACCAGUGUAGCCGCUAAAUCUAGAUAUGAGCUGUCUCAGGCUAAUAAUGAAAAUAACAUUUGA